AUUGUUGCUAAACACUUGUAAGGAGCGAAGCAGUUUCCAUUUUUUUGUAAUAUGUAUAUCCAUUACAACUCACCACAGAGUUUUAAUAGUUAGUUUCCUCUAUGUCAUAUAUCUCAUUUUACUAAAAAUCGCUCUUGGUAAGUCCUCAUCAGAGCUUUGUUUACAUUCGCUACGGCGGCCAUCUUGGAUUCUUAGAACUUGUCGACCCGGGUCGAUUUGCCUUAGUUGGUCGUUCGAUCAUAGGUCGGGUCGACCGGGUGCUGAAUCGACCAAGGAAGAUCAGCGUUCUUUUGGAAUCAUUCCGGUUCGAGCCUUCACGAAGAACGGUCGUAUUUUUGUAUCAUAAGAACUAAAGAGGUGCUAUUCGGUGGAUGAUCAAGAGAACAGUUAAACUUGAAUCGCCGAUCCAGUUUGCAGAUAAGAUGAACAGGUUAUCCAAUGGGGGUCUCGCAUAUCGUUGUAGCCAUUGCGGCAAAGUGGACAGAAAGGGGAGACUGGUGGCCCACAUACUGAGAGACCACGUACCAGAAAAGCAAGUUCCCUUUUUCUGCACCCUAUGCAAGUUCCGGUGUGAAACCAGGGAUGAUUUACUAAAACACCUCACCAAAUACGCGGGCCAUGUGAGGGCAGUUGGCAGCAAUCAGAACAUUGACCUUAAACAGAUACUGAUCAAGUCCAACGUUCCUUGGUUUGUGUCAGCCAACGAUAUGACCCCGAUAAGGGAAGAAGACGAUGACAUGUUUAUGGAUCCAGAGGAACCAGCACUUCCACCAUGGCUCCUGGAUGUGAGGCUGUUGAAGAGGAAGGCGGACUUCUCACCAUCAACCAUGUCGCUUCCAUUAAGUCCGCAGUAUACAGAUCAGAGGUACGUGCUACCCAGAUCAAUGGUAGAAUCCCAGGAAAUAUUCCCUGACCAAUCAACUGCUCUUGUUAACCCAGCACUGUACACGGCCCCUAGCUUUGAUGAAGAUCCUUUGACAGCACUGGUCCAAACCUUGAAGACACCACAGUCAUCCCCUAAGGCCCAGGCAGCCACACCUGUCCAGGACGAACCAGUGGACAUUCUUCCUACAGAACAGGACAAGGCGGAUCCACUUCUCUAUGAGAUAAUAUCAAUGUCAGAAAAGGCGUCUCAAACAGAGAAAGAACAACCCAAUGCCGAACUGCAGGCUAUCCAGAGAGCAUCGGAGACAGCUGCUCAAGCCUGUCAAGCCACCGCCAGGAACACCGAAAGGAUACUGGACGAGCUUCGUCGUUUGGAACGCAGAGUAACUUCCAUCGAGAGAGCUAUUGAUAGUCGAAGGCGGGACAAGGAAAACAUGAGGCCGCGCAAAAUGUAACUAUGCCUUGGAAAU